AAUGGCUGAGGCACCUUUAGAGAAGAAAAUCAAAGUAUUAAUGGCAGCAUCCAGAAGAAUUUAAAAAGAAUAUUUAGCAUACAAAAAUGAAAUUCAACAAUAUGAAAAUAUUAUCUUAGGUAUAGAAGAUAAUGAAGAAAACGCAUUAAAAUUAAAGAAAAAAGUAAACAUUCUAAUCUAUAUCACAGAACGAAUUAUUAGUUGAAUCAAAAAGCAUGUUACCUAAUACCUUUUAAAGAUUAGAAGAGAACAAUUAAAAAUUGAUGGAUUAAGUAGUAGAAUUAGGAAUGAUGAAUGAGGAAUUAACAGAAUAAGCCUAACAAUGCAUAGAUCAGACUUAAUUAUUUCUUAACUAGAUAAAUCCAGCAAUGAUUUGA